CGGUGCCGCGUAGAACUCAAAAAAUGUUAAGUGCUGCUCCAUCCAAUCAAAUCCCUUCCAGCCCUAAAAUUCGAAAAAAAAGAAAAAAAAGAAAAAAAAAGCGGACUCCGCUGCCACGUCAGUAUAAGAAAAGCCUGUUUUUCCUCGUGAUACUUCGAAAAUAGUCAGAGAAGAGUGAGCAUCAUUUUUAUUUUUCACUUUUUACCCAUUUUGGUUUCGGUUUUGGAUUCUGGAUUCGGAUUCCCCCUCGUGCCGUCACUGUCGUUCUCCGAAAUUGAAAACUAGAUCUCAAUGACACCUCCUCCAACAUCCGAAUCCAAAUCCGAAUCCGUCGGAUCCAAAUCCGAAUCCCUGAUAGUUAUCGGAGAGGAGGAGGAGGAGGAUAUAGCGGAUGAGGAAGAUCGACCAAAGCCAUUGAACAUGUACCACCCGAAUUCGUCGGCGGACAAGAUUUCGUUGAGGAAGUCCCCGAGGUUGAAUCCGAUUCCUAAAGAGCUUAAACCGAGAAAUGUAGCUAGAAAAUGGCGUUAUGUGGGUCCCGAGAUGCGUCAGAGGAGGUCGCCGAGACUAUCUACGGGCGCAAAUGGCAAUGCAGAGACGAGUCAGCGUGAAUUGGCCGAUUCUCCAGCUAAGAAGUUGAAAAUGAAUUCUCCGGCGAUGAAUUCCGGCGUUGAGUUCGCCAGGAAGUCUACCAGAUUCGCGUCGCCUGUGGUUGUUGUGUCUGGAGGUCAUGCAAUUGGCAAUGCCGUGACCAUUUUGAGUGAGUUGGCCGAUUCUGCGGCCAAGAGGGAAACUAAGAGAGUUAAGAUGGAGUAUGGAAAUUGUGGUUGGAGAGAUGUCGCCGCUGAGUUUGUGAGGAGGUCUCCGAGAUUCUCGACGUCUGUGAUUGCGGCUGAUAUUGGGAAAUCCAUGUCCGACUUCGUUAGGGUUCGCAGUCAAAAGUCCAAGAGUCAAAACUUGAAACCAAAUUUGCGUAUUUACCAUUACAGUGGUAAGGAAGAAGAAAAAGAUUCAACUUUGGAAUGCUUCGAAGAGGAAUGCCGAAGGAGGUCUCCCGGACCGACCUUGACUCAAUCUGGAAUUGAUAGUGGCUUUUCAAAAGCUUCCAUGCAGAAGAUCUCAAUGAAAAAAGUUGUAUCACCUAAGAAUGGCUCUGUCGAACCCUUGUCCUCAAAAUCAUUAAAUCUGACAACUAUUUCAAUAAAAAAAAGGGAAAAGCAUCCUUUACCAAGAGAACUGACAUUGAAUGGAAAUUGUGAUACUGUACCAAUGCUGUUAAAAUGUUAUGAAACCCAGUUCUUUGGUGAGAAACAAGUGAGAAGGUCCCCAAGGUUGGUGUCAGCAACUAAAAAUGGUGUUGGUGAAGAUGUGAAAAUGGAUAUGGAAACACUGGAUGAAACUUCCACCAGAUCUACUGGAUGUUCCUCCUCUUUGGCCAUAGCUGAAAGAAUCAGAACUAACUCCAACGGGGAACACUUGCAGUGUCCAAGAGGAGUGACUGAUGCUGAAAAUGUUAUACCCAAGUGUACUUCGGCUAAUUUGCUUGAGUCAUAUGAAAAGCAGCAUCCAGAGAAAAUUAGAACACAGAUAUCUUCAAAGAACAAACAGAAGAGUGGAGAUUGCACCUUCUUCAUUGGAGAUCCAGUUCCCAAUGAGGAAGCUCAAGAAAGGUGGCGUUGGCGUUAUGAAUUGAAGAGUAAAAGACCAAACGCUCAAACCUUGAAGUUAAAUGAUGAUGAUGAAGAUGAGGUAGUUCUAGAUGUGGAAUGCCAUUUUGCUCAAGCUAAAAUUCAUAAUAACAUUUUUAGUCUUGGAGAUUGUGCAUAUAUACAGGGUGAUGAGAAACAAAAGCAUGUUGGCAGAAUCAUAGAAUUUUUCAGAACAACCAGUGGAGAAGAAUAUUUCAGGGUCCAGUGGUUUUAUAGAGUAGAGGAUACAAUCAUCAAAGAAGAGGGUGCUUUUCAUGAUAAGAGACGGUUAUUCUAUUCUACCGUAAUGAAUGACAAUUUAAUAGAUUGCAUCAUUUCAAAAGUUAAUGUUUCACAGUUAUCACCUAGGGUAGGUGUAAAAUUAAACUCUAUUUCUCCAUCUGAUUUCUAUUAUGAUAUGGAAUACUGUGUCGAUUAUUCAACAUUUCGUUCCUUGGUGAUGGAUGACUCUAGAUAUAAUCAUUACAUGGCAACUCCAAGUGGAAUUGAGACAGUCACUACAACAGGCACAUCACCUUCUUUGAAAAAUAAGGCUGCUACCAAAAAUUACACUGAAGAAUUAGCGCUUUUAGAUCUGUAUUGUGGUUGUGGUGGCAUGUCAACUGGAUUGUGUCUUGGUGCCAAACUUUCUAGUGUUAAUCUAGUGACAAGAUGGGCCCUUGAUAGCGAUGAGUCUGCGUGUGAGAGCUUAAAGUUAAAUCAUCCACGGACACAUGUCAGGAAUGAAGCUGCCGAGGACUUUCUAGAACUAUUGAGGGAAUGGGAAAAACUGUGCAAACGUUACAAGUUAAAUGAUGUUGAGAGGACAUGUCUAUCACGAUCAGAAACAUCAGCAUUAGCUGAAAAGGAAGAUAAGGUUUUUACUCGGGAAUUUGAAGUUUCAAGACUAGUUGAUAUUUGUUAUGGUGACCCCAAUAAGACCGGCAAGCGUGGACUAAAUUUUAAGGUGCACUGGAAGGGUUAUAGUAGCAGUGAAGAUACAUGGGAGCCAGUUGAAGGGUUAAGAAAUUGCCAAGAAAGGUUACGAGAGUUUGUAAGAAAUGGGAUGAAAUUGAAGAUCUUGCCACUUCCAGGUAGUGCUGAUGUUAUCUGCGGGGGUCCUCCUUGCCAAGGAAUUAGUGGCUACAAUCGCUUUAGAAACAUUGAUUCCCCUUUAGAGGAUGAAAGAAAUCGACAGAUAAUAGUCUUCAUGGACAUUGUAAAGUUUUUGAAGCCAAGGUAUGUGUUGAUGGAAAAUGUGCCUGACAUUUUGAGAUUUGAUAAGGCUUCCCUUGGAAGAUAUGCCAUAAGUCGUUUGGUGCAUAUGAAGUACCAAGCAAGACUUGGAAUGAUUGCUGCUGGCUGUUAUGGCCUUCCACAAUUCCGGUUACGUGUUUUCUUGUGGGGUGCUCAUCAUAGUGAGAAUCUACCCCAAUUUCCACUUCCUACACAUGAUGUAGUUGUUAGAUACUGGCCUCCAGCUGAGUUUGAGCGCAACACCGUUGCUUAUGAUGAAGACCAGCCGCGUGAACUGGAAAAUGCUGUAGUUCUUCAAGAUGCCAUCUCUGAGCUUCCAGCUGUUACAAAUGAUGAAACACGUGAAGAAAUGCCAUACCAAAAUCCUCCAGAAACAGAAUUUCAAAGAUUUAUAAGGUCGACAAAAUUCGAGAUGACUGGUUCUGCUGUAGAUGGCACAAAAGAAGCAGAAUUUUUACUGUAUGAUCAUCGAGCUUAUCAAUUGAAUGUUGAUGACUUUUUAAGAGUUUGUCAAAUCCCAAAAAGAAAGGGAGCAAAUUUCAGGGACCUCCCUGGUGUUAUUGUAGGAGGUGAUAAUGUCGCUAGGCGGGAUCCAUAUAAUAAUGCAUUAUUGCCAUCUGGAAAGUCAUUGGUACCAGAUUUUGCCUUCACUUUUGAGCAAGGAAAGUCUAAGAGACCGUAUGCAAGGUUAUGGUGGGAUGAGACAGUGCCCACCGUAGUGACAGUACCAAAUUGUCAUAAUCAGACAGCAUUACAUCCAGAUCAGGACCGAAUUCUAACAAUACGAGAAUAUGCAAGGUUGCAAGGGUUUCCUGAUUAUUAUAGAUUCUGUGGAACGAUUAAACAAAGGUACUGUCAGCUCGGAAAUGCGGUGGCGGUUCCAGUUGCCCGAGCAUUAGGUUAUGCCUUGGGAUUGGCAAUUCAGAAGCGCAGUGGCAAUGAACCUCUCAUGACUCUCCCCUCUAAGUUUUCUCAUUCAAAUUAUUUCCAAUUGGAAAAGGUUUUGUCUCAAGAGACUGACCAGUAGUUUUAGGCCGCAUCAACUUUAAUUUUAGCCCUAGGUCAGAAAAACUGUUGGCCUCUUUAAUUAAAUGACUAUUUUUUUAUAUUUAAAUAAUAUUAAUUACUGCA